AUGUCUCGUAGACAUAAAAGGAAUGAAAACGCAAAUAUUGAGACCGUGGACUACAUUAGUGGAAACGAAAAUGAAUCUACACCGAUUGACCAAUAUGCUGUCAGCCAAAGAAGCAAAUACAAACAAGUCGGAGUACAUCCGACUACUGGAAAACCGAAGAUUAUGCUGACUUGUAACAUUGAAGGCUGCACGUAUCAAACAAACAGGCGACGGGACAUGCACCGACACAAGCGCUCCCAAAAACAUUCGAACCACGACGUGUCCUCUGACUCGGACUCCGACUUCGAUCGCCCGCCGUGGGAAUGUAAGCUGUGCAGUUAUAUCACCGCCAAGAGAUUUAGCUUUGCGCGGCACCAGAGAUCCGAAAGGCAUCGUCGGAAUCAGCUAUUUGCCUCCAAAGACGAAGAUACACCUGUUCCCGCGAAAAAGGUUAAAGAAAGUCAUUCAGAUGAUCAAAAUAUCAACACGUCCAGCGAAGACAGCAAAGAUGAAGGUAUCCUCUACACAUGCACCACUUGCACGUUCAUGACAAACAAGAAGUGGUUGAUGAAACAGCAUAAAAAGUCAACGGACCAUCUAGAGAAACUGAACAUUACGGAACUGGAAAACUGGCUGAUAGAAUAUGACCCCCAGGAAGAAGAGGAUUGUCGAACAACUGAGCCCGUCCGGCAGGAGACAGAAGAUGAGGACGGCGAAGAAAAUAUCGCCGUCGAGAACUGCUCUAUGUUUGAGUGCAACAUUUGUGAUUAUAAAACUGCCCAUAAAUUUAGUUUCAUCCGCCACAAGCAGUCUUGCAGGCACCUCGAAAACAUUAUCAUUCUUACGGAUGAGGAGGAGGUCCAGAAGGACCUUGGCUUUGAUGUUAUAGAUAUGGAUCCCAACGAAGAAUUGCAGGAGAUCGUAUACGUUCCCAUGGAGGAGAAUCCUGACGAAAACUGCUACCACAUAGUGAUGGAUAGCGAUUAA